AUGCUUUCUUCCUGUCCUCGAGCCAGUAUUGCGACCUGGGCCGCGCGCGCCUCUACCUCUCGCCAACUACUGCGCUCAACACGUCCGGCCGCUGCUCUAUGGCACAGAAAUCAGAGUCAAAGUACCACUCCGCCGAAGCCGUCUAUCACCAAGGAUCCAGUAGAAGACCAAGAUGACGAGCCUCCUCCGCCUUUGCCAUUGUUACAACGACCGCUCGGAGUCGCCGAGAAGCCGACGACGCACCUCAAAACUUUUGAUGAGCGCUCGAAGGAGAUUUUAUUUGACGACCAGAAGCGUAUGGAUCAACGCCGACAUUUAAUAAAGGAAGCGACCACCGGCUACUUCUACGACCUGCACAUGGUACGCUUCUAUGGAGGGAAGACAUGGAUGGCACCCAAAGUCCUCAUCAGGGAAGAUAAAGCACUAUACCUGCCGAACAUCGUCGGUACACGCUUGCAAGAUGGCGAAACAGCACAUACCACGGACAUCUGCACCGGCAAGGUAUCCGUCGUAGCCAUGCUCUCGAGCAAGAUAUCCGAGCACCACGCCGCUUCCUUCGCAACCGAAGUCAACAAGCGGUUCAGUUCGCACCCGGCAUACCAAUACGUCCAGGUCAACCUCCAAGAGAACGUGCUAAAGUCGUUCCUUGUCACGCUCUUCCUGUCUUCACUACGAAGUGCCAUACCACCGCAUUUGCACCCGACGUAUCUCGUGUCACGACAGAAUAUGGAGUACCUGCGUGAGCCAAUGGGCAUGGUGAAUAGCCGCAUCGGCUAUGUCUAUCUUGUCGACGAGAACCUGCGUAUACGCUGGGCAGGAUGCGCGGAGGCAAAGGACGAGGAGGCUGAGGGCCUAUUGAUGGGCACAUCUGUCUUGCUCAAGCGUCAUGAUCGGGCGAAAGAGGUCUCUCAGCAAACGCCAGUUCCAAAGCAGCAACCCGCCUAG